UGUCACGGAUGUGUCAGAAUGAUGUUUUUGUGAUUUACACAAUUCAUCAACAACAAUAAUUUUGGUGAAUAAACAAUGUCUUCUCAGCGUAACUUACCGCAAUCCAAAGAAGCUCUACUCAAAUCAUACCAGACGAGGCUGAAGGAUGAUGUAAAGAGUAUGCUGGAAAAUUUUGAAGAAAUCGGUAAACUAGCCAAGGGCGAAUCGGACAAUCAACUCUCGAAAAUCACACAAUGCGAACAGGACACAUACGAAAUGCAGGUACGGGCGGCGAACAUAGUCCGCGCUGGUGAAUCGUUGAUGAAAUUGGUGUCGGACAUAAAGCAAUAUUUGAUCCUGAACGAUUUCCAUUCCGUCAACGAGGCAAUAACGGCGAAUUCACAGCUGUUCCGGCAAACUCAGGCCGAUUGUGACAAGAAAUUGAUGAAACUCAGAGAUGAUAUGGCUGCUGAUCUGUAUGAUUUGGAGGAGGAAUACUAUACUAGUGUGUUUAAGUGAGCGAGGGUAGUCGUUUGGAGAUAAUAAAAAUUUGAAAUUGAAA